UACUGUACAGACAGAGAGAGAUGAGAGCGGGGGUAACCUCGAGGUACCGUUAUAACGGAGAUUGAAGUUUUUUUUUUAUGUCUUACGUGUCAUUAAGUUUGUUUACCUUGUAACUUUAUUUGUCGCAGACGGAGUAUUUUAACUGCUGGUUAAAGAGAAGGCUACCGUUUGUUUCGGAUUGGCUGUUUUGGAAGCUAGACAGAUCUGGGAAAAUAGGCGACGGCGUGGAGUUUUAACACCUAAGAUAAAACGCGCUGGAAGCGGCGGCUCUUUAUUUGUUAAGUGUCUAAAAGUAACGCGCGCCUCACCACCGCCGGUUUGUUUAUGGGUGUUUUCAGUUGGUCGUGGCGUGGCCGUAAGAGUUGAAGGAGUUCAUUGGAAGGUCGUUGGAAAAAACGAACAGCGCGUUUUUUUCUGCACAUAUCAGAAGGAGUUCCUGGGAUGUGUUCGUAUUUGUCUUUGCACGUCUUAGAGGGUUAUUCCAGUGAUACGACAUAAAAGCAGAAUAUUCGGAGGCACGUGAAACAGAGACCUGAACUAAGCUGCAAGGCGAACUAUUGUACUUACACCUAGCCACUGUUCGAUAGAAGUUUGACCAUAGACCUGGAUGAGGACACACAUUUCGAAAUCGCUAUUAAAAAGCUGGCUAUCUGUUUUAGCGAAUUUGUUUCGGUGUUGUCUUUACGCAACUGCGACUCAUAUCUCACUAGAUAAUUCUUUGGAAUUGUUUCUGUUCACUGGAACCCUCGCUUACAGUGUAAUGAGGACGAGCCGAGUCGUAUCCCAGAGGGUAGUCUAUCUGCUCACUAGCUCGCUGUGUGGGAUCUUUAUUUUCUCGGACCAGUGGACUACCAAAAAAGCAAAAACAGAUGAAAGUUAACUAUAGACGUACCAAACAACAGUAGGAAGAUGAAGAGUUGUAUCCGCUCGUGUGUCACCAGAAGACAAGAUCACGUUAUUUAGUGAUAAUUUCAAGCUUAGCAUUAAUCACAAAGUUGGCUGAUAGGAUUUUUCUAUAAUUAAAGUUCAACCACGUUGGACCCCCGGUCCCCGUUCAGGGGGGCUCCUUCGGCGAGCUAGCAUUAUUAGUUGGCUUGGAAAUUUUCAUCAACUUUGUUGCAUACUCUAUUGUAGGCUAUUACAAUCAAACGUAACAUCUUCAAGAAGUUCCCCUCUUUGGAUAACCUUAUAGAAGAUUGUCACCAAAGUCAAAAUGCGGUGGGUGACCUCAGCAUUUGUUUUGGUCCCUUUUAUCGCCCUUGUUUGCCAAUAUGGGCCAACAGACGGAGAAAUCUGCCCCAGUAAGGACAUCCGCAACAAUGUGACCAACCUGCAGACGCUGGAGAACUGCACUAUAAUCGAAGGCCACCUGAAGAUCCUGCUCAUGUUCAAGACCAAGCCUGAAGACUUCCGGGGUGUGAGCUUCCCCCGGUUGAGGGUCGUCACCGACUACCUGCUGCUGUUCCGCGUGUAUGGCCUGGAGACACUGCAGGACCUGUUCCCAAACCUCACAGUCAUCCGGGGACACAACCUGUUCUUCAACUACGCCCUGGUGAUGUUUGAGAUGCUGCAGCUACGGGAGGUGGGGCUGUCAAGCCUCAUGAACAUCACCCGGGGGGCGGUGCGCGUGGAGAAGAACCCCGACCUCUGCUACCUCUCCACCCUCGACUGGUCCAAAAUCCUGGACUCAGUGGAGGACAACUACAUCAUGGCCAACAAGAAUGAGCGGGAGUGUGGAGACGUGUGUCCAGGCGCCGUGGAGGGGAAGAGCACCUGUCUGCAAACCACCAUCAACGGGCAGUUUGUCUACUGCUGCUGGAACCAGCACCACUGCCAGAAAUUGUGUCCCCCCAACUGUAAGAACCGUGCCUGUACUCCUCAAGGCCAGUGUUGCCAUGAGCAGUGCCUGGGGGGGUGCUCCCAGGAGGGCAACACCAGCAGCUGUGUCUCCUGCAGGAACCUCCAGCAUGGGCCCAGCUGUGUGGACACCUGCCCCCCAGGACACUACGUCUACAAGGGCUGGCGCUGUAUCUCACAUGCCUUCUGCCAGGAGCUCCACGACCAGUGUAAGCAGAGCAAGAACCCCGACUGCCACGAGUACGUCAUCCACAACGGAGCCUGUAUCCCGGAGUGUCCCUCUGGGUACACCACCAUGAACUCUACCACGCUGAUGUGUUCUCCGUGUGCUGGCCUGUGUCCUAAGCUGUGUACGGGGGAUAAGGUUGUGGACUCUGUGACAGCAGCCCAGGCACUGCGAGGAUGUACUGUGCUCAACGGUAGCAUGUCCAUCAAGAUUCGUGGAGGCAACAACAUAGCAGCGGAACUGGAGGCAAACCUGGGCCAGCUGGAGGAGAUCACAGGCCACCUGACCGUCCGCAGAGCCUACGCCCUCGUCUCCCUCUCCUUCUUACGCAACCUGCGUCUGAUCCGUGGAGAAAAACUAGAGUCAGAGCACUUUGCGUUCUACGCUCUGGACAACCAGAACCUGCGUCAGCUGUGGGACUGGUCCAGCCACAACCUGACCAUCCUGCACGGCCGCACCUUCCUGCACUACAACUCUAAACUCUGCAUGUCGGAGAUCCGCACCAUGGAGGAAGUGACAGGCGCACAGCAGAGGAACCAGAAAAACGACAUCUCUCUCCGCACCAACGGGGACCAGGCCUCCUGCGAGAACCAGGUCCUGAACUUCACUAUGGUCAAGACGUCCUCAGACAAGAUCAUGGUGCGGUGGCAGCCUUUCUGGCCCAUGGACUACAGGGACCUACUGGGCUUCAUGGUCCUGUACAAGGAGGCGCCCUAUGACAACGUGACAGAGUUUGCAGGGCAGGACGCGUGUGGCUCCAACAGCUGGGUGAUCGCUGAUGUGGACCCGCCGCCGCGUGCCGCUGACAACAAGGAGCAGCUGGAACCUGGCCUGCUCAUCCACCCCCUGAAGCCCUGGACGCAGUACGCCGUCAUGGUGAAGACGCAGCUGUCUGCCUCCGACGAGCACCAGGAACGUGGAGCCAAGAGCAGGAUCCUCUAUGUACGCACAGACGCCACCAAGCCCUCGGUUCCGCUGGACCCCAUCUCCUUUUCCAACUCCUCUUCCCACCUCAUCCUCAAGUGGAAACCCCCCGCCGACGCCAACGGCAACAUCACACACUACCUGGUGUUCUGUCAGCAGCAGCCGGAGGACAGCGACCUCUACAAGUUUGACUACUGCCAGAAGGGUAUGAAGCUGCCCUCUCGGACCCCCACCCACAUGGACAGUGAGGAAGAGCGGAGGUGGAACCAGACUGAGGAGGUGGGGGGCGGGGCACGCUGCUGCUCCUGCCCCAAGACGGAGAUCCAGCUGAAAAGAGAGGCGGAGGAGACCGAGUACCGCAAGACCUUCGAGGACUAUCUCCACAACGAGGUGUUUGAGAUCAGGUAUGGGGGGGUGUAUAUGUAUGUGUGUAUAUAUGUGUGUGUAUGUGUGUGUGGGUUAAACUCCUCUUCCUUUCUCAGGCCAUCUCGCCGCCGUCGUUCUGUGGGCGUGGCCAACGGCACCCUAGCUCUGACCACACCCCCCCACCCUCUGACCACGCCCCCCAGCCCUCCGAUCGCCUCGACCACGCCCCGCCCUGGUGAGGGCAUCAAGCUCAUGUUCACCUUCCCCCGGGAGUCGGGCGCCAUCCCCAACCUGCGCCACUUCACAAGCUACAAGAUCGAGAUCCACGCCUGCAACCACCCCUCCGACAACAUGCGCUGCAGCAUGCCCACCUACGUCAGCGCACGCACACUGCCAGAGGAUAAAGCGGAUGACAUGGUUGGCCCGGUAACCCAUGAGAUUUUGGCUGACCAACCAGACUCUGUUUACAUCAAGUGGGAGGAGCCACAGUCACCCAAUGGGAUGAUCAUCCUUUACGAGCUGCACUACAAGAGACUCGGCGACCAGGAAGAGACCAAACACUGCGUGUCGAGGCUGACGUAUGCCCGGCUGGGUGGUUGCAAGGUGAGAGUGGUGCAUCCUGGGAACUACACGGUGAGGAUCCGCGCCACGUCGCUGGCUGGGAACGGCUCCUGGUCCCAGCCCGCCUUCUUCUUCAUGGCUGACAAGGACACAAGUCCAUGGAAGAUUGUGAUUGGCCCAGUAAUCUGCAUCAUUCUGCUGAUGUUUGUGGGAGGUGGAGUGUUCUACGUCUUCAAAAAGAAACAAACAGAAGGACCUACUGGACCUCUCAUCGCCUCCUCCAACCCUGAGUACCUCAGUGCCAACGAUGUGUAUGUUCCGGACGAGUGGGAGGUAGCGAGGGAGAAGAUGACGGUACUACGUGAACUGGGGCAGGGCUCGUUCGGCAUGGUGUACGAGGGCCUGGCCAAAGACAUCAUCAAGGGCGAGGGGGAGACGCGCGUGGCGGUCAAGACGGUGAACGAAUCAGCCAGCCUGCGGGAGAGGAUUGAGUUCCUCAAUGAGGCGUCCGUCAUGAAGGCAUUUAGCUGCCACCAUGUGGUGCGUCUGCUGGGCGUGGUCUCUAAGGGCCAGCCCACCCUGGUCGUCAUGGAACUUAUGACUCACGGAGACCUGAAGAGCUAUCUGCGUUGUCUCCGACCUGACUCUGAGAACAACCCUGGCCGCCCCCCUCCCUCCCUGGGGGAGAUGACCCAGAUGGCUGGAGAGAUAGCCGAUGGCAUGGCCUACCUCAACGCCAACAAGUUCGUUCACCGAGACCUGGCGGCCAGGAAUUGCAUGGUGGCCGAGGACUACACCGUGAAGAUUGGAGACUUUGGCAUGACCAGAGAUAUCUAUGAGACAGACUACUACCGUAAGGGUGGGAAGGGGCUGCUGCCUGUUAGGUGGAUGGCCCCAGAGUCUCUGAAGGACGGGGUGUUCACCGCCCACUCUGACUGCUGGUCGUUUGGUGUGGUGCUGUGGGAGAUCAGCACUCUAGCAGAGCAGCCUUACCAGGGCCUGUCCAACGAGCAGGUGCUCAAGUUCGUUAUGGAUGGAGGCUACCUUGAUCGCCCGGAGAACUGUGAGGAGAGGAUGCACAGCCUCAUGCAGAUGUGCUGGCAGUACAACCCCAAGAUGCGUCCGUCCUUCCAGGACAUCAUCGAGAUGUUCAAGGAGGAGAUGCACCCAUCCUUCAGGGAGAUGUCAUUCUUUUACAGUGAUGACAACAAGGCUCCGGAGAGUGAAGACUUUGACCUGGACCUGGAGAACAUGGAGAGCAUCCCUCUGGACCCGUCCUCCUACGGUCAGAGGGAGGAUCGGGACACGGGCCCCUCGGGGUCCCUGGGGGGGGGACACUACGAGGAACAUAUCUCCUACACUCACAUGAAUGGGGGCAAGAAAAACGGACGGAUCUUAUCUUUGCCUCGAUCCAGCCCUUCCUAACACCUCCUGACCCCGUUCACCGACAUUGUGCACACACACACACACACACACCCCUCCACACACCACUCCCCACACACACCUCAGCACACAUAUCCUUCCACACCCCUGGGUUCCCCUGGUUUUCUGAUGAUUAGUAUUUUAUUAUGUAGUCAGAAGCCCAGUGUUCAGGGAUCUCAGGACGGAUGGGUCAGUGUGCUGUGGCUGUGGAGCUCAGGGUCAGGAUUAGGGUCAGGCAGCCGCACCGCAGGAAGCUGGUCAGGUCUGGUGUCUGUAGAGACUGUUCCAGAUCAGGACUGGAUCUACAUCUAAAUGUUUUCAAGACUGAGGAAGAAAAUGCGAUAAAACUGUGAACAUAAACUGGCGUGAACCUGAAGGCCGCUUUUGCCUCAAACCUACACACAGACUCCUUUCCUUCCUCUACUCCUCUCUUCCCUCCUUUCCUCUACUCCUCUCUUCCCUCCUUUCCUCUACUCCUCCCUUC